CUCUGGGCAGCCACCGCGGAGCAGCGAAGCAGCUCCUUCCCCCGCCUGUCCGCGCGCGCGGGCCGGGGCUAGGCCCCCCACCGCCGGGUCCCCCGGGGCUGCAGCAGCAGCGGCGCCGCCCGCGGUUCCCGCCGGGACCCGGGCGCCAGCCCCGCUCUGCAGGAUGGGCACGGUGCUGUCGCUUUCCCCUGCCUCCUCGGCCAAGGGCCGGAGGCCCGGCGGGUUGCCGGAGGAGAAAAAGAAGGCGCCGCCCGCGGGGGACGAGGCGCUGGGGGGCUACGGGGCGCCGCCAGUGGGCAAGGGUGGCAAAGGCGAGAGUCGGCUCAAACGUCCGUCCGUGCUCAUCUCGGCGCUCACCUGGAAGCGCCUGGUGGCCGCAUCUGCCAAGAAGAAGAAAGGCAGCAAGAAGGUGACGCCCAAGCCCGCGUCCACCGGUCCUGACCCUCUAGUCCAACAACGCAACCGCGAGAACCUUCUCCGCAAGGGCCGGGACCCCCCUGACGGCGGCGGCGCCACCAAGCCCCUGGCAGUACCAGUGCCCACGGUGCCCGCGGCUGCAGCCACCUGCGAGCCACCGUCGGGGGGCAGCGCUGCAGCCCCGCCGCCAGGCUCGGGUGGGGGAAAGCCUCCGCCGCCGCCACCCCCAGCCCCGCAGGCGGCGCCGCCGGUGCCUGGAGGCUCGCCGCGGAGGGUCAUCGUGCAGGCGUCCACAGGCGAGCUGCUCCGCUGUCUGGGCGAUUUCGUGUGCCGGCGCUGCUACCGCCUCAAGGAGCUGAGCCCCGGCGAGCUGGUGGGCUGGUUCCGCGGCGUGGACCGCUCGCUGCUGCUGCAGGGCUGGCAAGACCAGGCCUUCAUUACGCCCGCCAACCUGGUGUUCGUGUACCUGCUGUGCCGCGAGUCGCUGCGCGGGGACGAGCUGGCGUCGGCUGCCGAGCUGCAGGCCGCCUUCCUCACCUGCCUCUACCUCGCCUACUCGUACAUGGGCAACGAGAUUUCCUACCCACUCAAGCCCUUCCUCGUGGAGCCUGACAAGGAGCGCUUCUGGCAGCGCUGCCUGCGCCUCAUCCAGCGGCUCAGCCCGCAGAUGCUGAGGCUCAACGCUGACCCCCACUUCUUCACGCAAGUCUUUCAAGACCUCAAGAACGAGGGCGAGGCCGCCGCCGGCGCCGGGGGUCCACCGAGUGGGGGCGCGCCCGCAGCUUCCUCAACCGCCAGGGACAGCUGCGCGGCCGGAACCAAGCACUGGACUAUGAACCUGGACCGCUAGGGAUACCCGGGGUCGUGCCCGUCCCCCGCCCAAGUCUCCGACAUACACUCGGAACCCCGGGACUCUGAAGCCACCGCCGAUGUUACCGCCACUCUGGGCCGGGCGGAGGAGGAGCCGCCCGUGUCCCGCAGGGGAAGGUGGAGGCUAGGACACGGUGUCUGGGUUUGCUGGGCGUGGGGUGGGAAUGGGGGAUGAGCACUGGAAGGGCAUCCCAGCUUCACACUUUCCAUCUGUCUGUGCCCUCAUCUCUCCAUUUCUGCCUGGAGUUCCACCUUUCCUGCCGUGCGUGUCUGUAAGUCUGUCACCCCUGGGUUUUGUCCAUUUCCUCACCUCCUUUCUGUAUCUUCAUUUUUCCUCCUGUCUGCAUUUUCAUCUCUCUCUCUCCCUUUCCAUUUACCGUUCCUUGGGUGUGUGUUUCCAUCUCCACCUCACCCCGUGCCUGAUUGUACCCCAUUGCCCUCCAGCACCUGUGUCCCCAUCUUCCCUUCUUGAUCUCUUUCCCCUUGUUCCUGUCAUGUGUUCCUAUUUCCUCUCUUGUUUGCCUUCCCCCUCUGCUUGUAUCAUCUUGCAUUUCUUCCCCUGAGUCCCCGUAUCCCACUCCCCAGAUCAAAGGGACCGUUAGUUUUUAAUUGAAUCGACUGAGGUGCGACAAGAAACUGCAGUCCCAGGAUCCCAGACAACCACCAGAAUGGUCCCUUGCCCCACCCCCACUGCCUCUCCCUACCUUUUCCAACGUGUUGCAUGCUGGGAGUUGGCGGGGGGUUGGGUGGAGGGACUGCUGGCUUCAUUCAGGAGGCUGAGAUUUGGGACAAGAUCAACCUGAAAGACCACCCCGGCGGCGAUCCUCAAGUGGGCGGGUGGCAAGAAAAAGAAAACUCUACUUAUUUUGAGGGAGGGGCGUCCCUCUUCCUUAUCCUUAGGUUUCUUGUUAUCCCUCUCCUCUUUUAAUUUAUUUCGCUGUUUCCGGAGGGAGGGGGGAGGGGGGAAUUGUUGGGCUGAGAACUGUCCGAGGUGCUGAGCUGGGGCGGGACCGGAAUCUUCCCGGGAGAGUACCAGGGACUGGGUUGGGCCUGGGGCCAUGUCCAAGGUGCCAAUGAUGCGGGCCGACGGCGCGGGCCGCACUGUCUGUCUGUCCGUCUAUCCCGGAGAGAACUAUAAAGCGCUGGAAG